AUGUCACAUCCUGGAGCGCGUUUUGCCAUGGAUGCAAGGAAUACACAGAGCACUGACCAAAGGCAAAAGCGCUAUGUGUCGGAGCUACCUGAUCGGCCACAAAGUUUUGAACCCCGAUGCGUUCAGUUGCUCAAGAGAACAAGACUGGACACCGUAUAUUUGGUCGAUACGUACAUGAUGGACGGUGGCGAACAGUGGGUCGAUGGUGUGGACACUGAUCUCACAACAGCUGUCAUCAGUUACUGCAUGGACAGCAGCAUCGAUGGCUCAAUCCUGGUAUUUUUGCCGGGCUACGAUGAUAUAGUAACGGUGCGUGAAAAAGCAAGGCAAAUGCGGGGCUGUGUCACGAGGCCUUCCAUUUUCAUGCUUCAUUCGCAGAUGAGCAGUCGCGACCAGCAACGUGUUUUCGAACCGGUUGGCCCUGGUUAUCGUAAAGUGCUACCCGAAAUGAAGCGAAGUGCCAUUCACGAGGUGUGUCUGCAUGCAAAAAUGUUUGCCCCCGGGAAAACUUCGGUGCGGCAAUUUUUGCUGAAUGCUCCGGAACCACCAACUGCAGAAGCGAUCGAUCGUAGCUUAGAAUUUCUUGAGUUGCCCGAAAUGAAGCGAAGUGCCAUUCACGAGGUGUGUCUGCAUGCAAAAAUGUUUGCCCCCGGGAAAACUUCGGUGCGGCAGUUUUUGCUGAAUGCUCCGGAACCACCAACUGCAGAAGCGAUCGACCGCAGCUUAGAAUUUCUUGAGCAAAUCGACGCACUUCUCAAUGCUCGGCAAGAAUCAACAACAGUAGUGUCGAGUUUCGAUGAGCUGUACUUUUCGAGCAGUUGGGAACGACAGGAGGAGCCUGAUUUGACCGAUUUUGGGCGUCAUAUUGCUCAGCUGCCACUCGAUCCACAGCUUGCUCGGCUGCUUCUGUUUGGCAUAUGUUUGAAAUGCCUGAGCCCGGUGCUAACACUUGUCUCUGCCCUGUCACAUCGUGACCCAUUUGUGCUACCACCUACUGGUGAUCGUGACGAGAGAAAUGCGGCGCUGAACGUACGCGAUCAUUUUGCUGGUUCCAAUUACUCCGAUCAUAUGGCACUUUUGCGAGCAUUCAAUAUGUUCUCAAAUUUACCCAGCUACAGUCAAGUGGAAUUUUGCACAUUAAAUUAUUUGUCGCUAAAUGUCAUGCGAAUGAUUGCCGGCAUUCGCCAACAGCUGUUCGGCGAAUUACAACGGCUUCGAUUGAUUCCCGCAAACUGCCAUGGCCCUGAAGAUUACUGUUUGAACCGGUACAGUCAUUCGUGGCCAAUGAUUCAGGGAGCUAUUGUUGCUGGUAGCUAUCCGGGCAUUGGUUUCAAUCCAUCAGGAGGUAGCACAAUACGCAAAAUACGUACUAGCAGCAACGAGAUAGCACAGUUGGCGUAUGGAUGUGCAGUGAAACGACAAGUUGCAGCCGCAGCGAACGCAGGUGUGGAACCAUCGAUCCAAUUCCUGGCUUUCCAGGAAAUGUCACAGACCAACGAUAGUUUCUGUGUGAGUGUGAUUUUUGAAACUUUGUUUAAUAAUAUCUAA